AUGAGCCUCGACGUGCCUGGAAGUCCCCUGGGAGCUAUCCCAGGUCUUCCCGAGAAGUCGGCUCCGCAGUAUGAAGAAGAUUCAGAAUUCGAGUAUACCAUUGAUGACAGCGUCUUCGACAAUGAAGCUAUCAACCUUGGACUGUUCUCCCCACCCAUUUCCCAUGUCCCCAAGUUAAGGGUGCCGAAUAAGUUAUUUCGUGGCCCGCAAGAUGGGCCAGACAGUGACUCCGAUUCGGGGGACUCCAGCUCGGAUUCGAACUUGGUCGAAGGAACUUCUCCCAAAGAGUACAAACGACUUGAAACGGGUAGCUACGAGCAAACAUCUGCCCUACUCAAUCUGACCUACAGCAGAGUAGAGAAACUCUACGAGGCAUACUUCCACGCAAACCAGACCCAGCCACUGUUCCCGUAUCGUCGCACAAUAGUGGAGCAGAAAAAGAUCUAUCAGUGGACAUCUUCUCCCGACCAGGAUCCUAAUGAGAAGUACCCGCCCCAUCUACAAACCAUCCCGAAACCUGAUCAAGAAAGCCUGUGGGCCAUUUUCAAUAUCUUUGGCCUUGCUCAGACUGGGAUUAUGCUUAAAUGUGUAAUUCCUGACCAGAUUGUGAAAUUCGCGGGUGCUUUGAAGGAUAUCAGCGAAGUUCCCAAGACCAUCGCCGGAUACGAAGACUUCAACAAGACGCACAUCAAGGGGGGAAACAAUGUCGUGGAGAAGGGCAAAAAUCUCGGCCAGUUGGAGGAUUGGUUUACGGACCGCCGCUUUGCGGAGCAGUCUUUCACCGGUGCCAACCCGACGACAAUUGAGGCGAUCGGAGAGCACGACGAUGCCAAGGAAGCUCUCUUGAAAGAGUUCAUCGCAUCCGCCGAAAAAAAUGGCUACGACAAAUGGGCUGCAAUGCUGAAGACCAUCCCGCAUGACUCGCUGUUCGUGCAGGACUGCCGCUACUUCCGCGAAGCCAUCGGACUGCAGCCCGAAGAAGAUAUUUUCUACGAGGAAGUGAGGACGAACCCAAAGCAGGAGAGUGACCCGAACUGGGCGUGUGCUUCUGUCACGCUCUUCCAGCUGCACGACAACGGUCGGCUGCACCCGAUUGCCAUUGUGUGCGACUACAAGAAGAACAUGGCCACGUCUGUGACCAUCUUCAACAGUGCGAUGACGCCGGCCGACCCAGAAUCAAAGGACGCGGAAGAGAAGAGCAAGGACCUCUUGCGCCAGAAGAACGACUGGCCCUGGCGGUACGCCAAGACGUGCGCACAGGCGGCAGACUGGAUUCGCCACGAGGUCGGCGUGCAUCUGACACGCGCUCACAUGAUCGAAGAGAGCCUGAUCGUGGCCACAAGCCGCUGCAUCCCGACGGAUCACCCCGUUCACCAGCUGCUCAAGCCGCAUUGGGUCCGGACACUGUCGCUCAAUGCCGCAGCCCGGUCGAUGCUUGUCCCGCAAGUGGUUCUCAACCUUGUCGGCAUCAGCCUAGACGGCCUCUACAACUACAUCAAUUACGAGUACAGCAACUUCGACUACGAACAAAACUAUGUGCCGAACGAUCUCAAACGGCGCGGCUUUCCCACCGAUACGAAAGAGCUCAACAGCAACCCGAAGUACAAGAACUAUGCUUACGGCAAAAACAUUCUGUUGAUGUGGAACGUGCUCCGUACCUAUGUCCACGACACGCUCGCGCUUACAUACAAGUCCGACGCCCACGUGAAGAGCGACAACUAUCUCUCGGACUGGGGAAACGAUAUCCGCACCAACGGCAAGCUCAAGGGUUUUCCCGAAAUCGAUACGCUCGACAGACUCACCGACGCCGUCACGAUGGCCAUCCACAUCGCUGCGCCUUUCCACACCGCCGUCAACUACCUCCAGAACUACUACCAAUCGUUUGUCAUUACAAAGCCGUCCUCACUAUGUGCAGCACCGCCCAAGACACUCGCCGAGUUGAAGGAGUACACGGAACAGACUUUGACAGCCGCGCUGCCCAUCGGACGUAUCCGUCAGUGGCUCCUUUCUGUGCAGCUACCAUGGCUUCUUAGCUUCAAGGUCGAAGACCUGCACAGCCUGAUGAAGUUCUCCUCGUCGCAUGUGGCCAUGAGCAGAGGUGAAAGAAAGAAGAUUAAUAUAAAGUUGCACCAACAGCUUUUGGAGUUGGACACGGUUUUCAAAAAGAACAGUGACGAAAUGGAUGAGGGCCACAUCGAGUAUACCGUAAUGAAUCCGAAAAACAUGGCGGUUUCUAUACUUAUCUGA